AUGGCGACAGUUUCGAUAAAUGCGCCCGGUCUGGGAGGUGGAUUCUUGUAUAACAAUGGCAACAACAACGCGCGCGUGUGUAUCACGGCGGAAACGGGAGAGUUUGAUAUGGAUACGAUCAAGGCCUGGCAGGAUGAAGGAUUCGAUAUUGUCUACGUUCCACUCGACGGUGGAGGCAAGGAAUACGAGAGCAAGCUUCGCAGUGUAAAGGAGGGAUUGGGUGUGGGCGAGAACUAUGCGGUGAUCGCCUACGGUGAUGCGGCUAAUUACUGCCUGGAUUAUUAUCUCAAGUCACAAAACGCCAGCCGCCUCUGUGCUUUGGUCGCAUAUUACCCUAGUGUCAUUCCGGAUACUCGUUCUCGAUUUCCAAUGUCGCUCCAAGUUGUGGUCCACCUCGCCGGAAAGACGAUCGAUGUGGCGACCAUCCCAGUCGCGUUGGGUAUUCAGGGUAAGAAGCGACUCAAGACCCGGCCUCUGAAUCCGGGCAUCGGCACUGGGGAGCGACUGGAUUUGGCUUACCCGGCAUACACCUAUGAUAAUGCCGAGCCGGGAUUCGCGGAGCAUGAUAUGGAGGAAUAUGAUCACCUGGCGGGUGAUGUAGCCUUUACCCGGACUCUCCGAGCUCUGCGCAAGGGUUUCUCCCGAGAUCCUGAUCUGGAAAGCAGGUGGGAGGAACACCAAGAGGCCAAAUUCUUCAGUUCCAAUGUCGGAAAGACCAUGAACGGGUAUGCGACUCACAAAACGCCCGGAGUCACAUAUGUACCAACCGUCAGCGGUGGAAUCGGCACGCAAGCUUUGCGCCGCUUUUAUGACCAAUAUUUCGUGGGCAAACUGCCCCCAUCCAUGCGCAUUCGCUUACUGUCACGCACGACGGGUGCCGAUCGUGUCGUCGACGAGCUGUACAUCUCAUUUGAGCAUACGCAAGAGAUCCCCUGGAUGCUUCCCGGUGUCCCACCGACCGACAAACGUGUCGAAAUCAUCCUAGUCAGCAUCGUAUGCCUACGUGCCGGCCGUCUCUAUUCCGAACAUACCUACUGGGAUCAAGCAAGCGUGCUUGUCCAAGUUGGUCUUCUCGAUCCGAAGAUGGUUCCCCCAUCCGCGCACGGGGUCGACCGCUUACCCAUUGUUGGACGCGAGGCAGCUCGUCGCAUUUUGCACGAGGACUUGGAAGAAGACGAACACGUCGACUAUCACAAUCGGUUGAUUCGUCGUGCACGUGCUCGGAAGAAUCGAAGUUCCCGUGCCUCCGUCGCCGGUGAAGAGUCGGCUGCCGAGUUCAAGAGUGACGCCGAGACAACUAUGCCUAUCAGGCAGCGGAAGAAGGUGCAGACAGUGCCAGAGGAAGAGGAGGGGGAGGAUGAAAAGGAAGAGGAGAAACCGGAGGAAGUAGAGAAGAAUGAGCCCGAAGCCACCAAUGGAAACACCGUGGAUAAGACUAAUGGACACGGCGAGGCCAAUGGCGGACAGGAUGAAAAUGCCCCCAAGCCGAAACAGAAGGUGAAGCCUAUCCCCAAACUGAAAAAGGCAAACCACAAUGCGACUGUUGAAGAAGGGAGCGAGGGAAGUGACAAGUCAUGA